UUCAAUUUUAAGUUUUCAUAAGUAAUUAAAGCAAAUAAGCAUUAAGCAAUUAAAAUAAUUAAAAGGAAUUUCAAUUUUAAAAGUAAUUACCAAAAGGUCCAAAGCCAAAGUACGCAACUGGCUAAACCGUGGCCGCCUAAACGCGAAUCGGAAGUCAGAGUUCCGGCUUCUCACUUCUAUAUCGAAGAAACAAGGCAGCGUCUGACGGCGACUCUGCGGGGAAGAAGGAGGGACUACGGUGUGCGCCCUGCGGAUUAUCAAACGAAGUUGCGAUUUGCGAAGGCGCCAGGCAGGAUUGCGGCUCUGCUUUGAAGCACGAGGAUGAGGUCUGGACGGGAACGGAAGGUCAAACACUCAAAAGUUAUCAGUUUAGGGCCAAACGACGUCGUUUUUUAUUUUACUGUGCACUUAUCCAAACGACCUCGUUUGGCGGAUUGUUUUAAUUAAAAAAAAAAUUGCUGCACGUCAUAUCUUCUCUGGUUCGCUGCAUCUUGCACCGCAGGUCCGCAAGUCCGCAAGUCGCCUCAAGGAAGAAGAUGAAGUCCAUCGGGGGCGGCACUCUAAAUACCUAAUCCUAGUAGUAAAAAAACUCCGGCGAAGGGGUGGCGCGGGCACUGGCUCGCUCCCCCCUAGUUCCGCCCCUGAUCCCAAAUAUGUGUAAUUUCAAAAUAAUCCAAAGUUGAUGGGUAAUCUUCUCAUGUUGAUCCUAGGUCACUUACUACUUACUAAACAGGUAAAAAAUUAAGGGAAAAGGUGCAAAUAGGCCCAUGUACUAACCAAAAAAGGUCAAAUAAGCCCUUAUUUAGGAGGUUCUGUCCGGCCGUCAUCAUUUGGGGUGGUUCCCGGUUGAAUUUUUUGAUGAAAUUUUUUUAGCAUCUUAUUCAUCAAAUCUAGUUACUCAUACCAAAUUUCAGCUAAAACUUCAAUCGGGAAGGCAUUCAAAUGAAUUCUUGAAGAUAACUGUGCUUCUAACUGCGCAGUUAUCUUCAAGAAUUCAUUUGAAUGCCUUCCCGAUUGAAGUUUUAGCUGAAAUUUGGUAUGAGUAAACUAGAUUUGAUGAAUAAGAUGCUAAAAAAAUUUCAUCAAAAAAUUCAACCGGGAACCACUUCAAAUGGCGACGGCCAGACAGAGCCUCCUAAAUAAGGGCUUAUUUGACCUUUUUUGGUUAGUACAUGGGCCUAUUUGCACCUUUUCCCAAAAAUUAAAAAGAAAAAAAGAAAAAAAAGGAAGGAAUGUAAACGGAUAGAUCAGCCACUCAGGUAACUCACUCAACCCUACGCCUUUACCUCUAUUCAUCUUACAUUCUUACCUAAUAGUGUAGAUUUAUUAUUAUUUCUUAGUGUGGAACUCCUUGUGUAAUAUUAACUCUUUCUAGUAUAAAUAUAUCUGCCAGGGCUACCAUUAAGGUUAAGCCUGGUAUUAUUUCUCACAUGGUAUCAAGAGCCAAUUUCUAAAAUCCCUAAUUUUUUUUCCGGCUACGAUGACUUCUACGCCAACUUCUUCCGCCGCCGCUGAGUUGUCUGAGCCGGCCACAAUUUCAGCCACCGCCCAGAUGACGUCGCCGGCCUUCUCUUCGUCUCCAGCAACUCAGCCUCUAUCUUCCGCUGCUUCAAUCUCGCAGCAGGCCUCCAGUCUGUCUUCUCAAACGAUGGCUGCUUCAACAACUCUUCCCUUCAUGUCAAUGGACCCUGUUAUCUCUCAAACCUGGAUGCCGCCUCCUCUUACGACGGAAUUUAGCGCCUGGAAUCCUCCCCUCUUUACUUGGACGCCGACACAGCCCUCAGUCCAUCCACCAGUGCAGCCCGUCCUCUCUACUGGCCGAAGUUUUCUUCCUCCCAUGGACUCUGCCUCCAAUUUUGCUGGUCCUACAUUUGCAGGAGCACCAGGUAUUGCACCACUCUCCUCUCCUAGGCCAAUUGCUCCCCGAAGUACUGCUGCCAACACCGGCUCUAUUCUUAAUGAAUUAGUUAAGAGUAUUGGAUUUUCUGCCCUUAAUAUUACCAACGUUGUGACCACCAAAUUAGCUGCGGUAGAGGAUUACCAAUAUUGACGUACUCAAUUUGAGUCUUUUCUGCUCUCCAAUGGUUUUUUGGGAAUUUUAGAUGGUUCGAUUCCUGCUCCCCCUCCCUAUAUUUUUUAUGCGUUUCAUCUUGAGACAAUUAAUCCGGACUAUUGUAAUUGGUUAAAACUUGAUCAAACGGUGCGUUCGUGGCUAUUUGCCACUUUGUCUCGAGAUGUCUUAAUUGAGGUGCAUGACUUAAAGAAUGCUUCUGCUAUUUGGAGUCGGUUAGAGUCUCAUUUUAUGUCUGCUAGUCUUGCCCGGUCCAUGGAAUUAAAACGCCAAUUGACUACCUCUCGGAAGGGACCUAAUCAGUCUGUGGAGCAUUAUCUCAGAGACAUUAAGAUUAUUGCUGAUAACUUAGCUUCGAUUAAUGAUCCUGUUGCUCCUCGUGAACUAUUUAAAACUAUUUUGAUGGGUCUGGGACGAGACUAUGAGUCUCUUAUUACCUCAGUUGGUCUAUUUCCGGAGAGCUUCACCUUUGAAAGACUACGCAACUGCUUGAUUGAAAAGGAGCAAACUAUACAGUAUAUGCGUACUCUAGAAGAGCCUCCGCAGGCCCAAGCAUUUGCGGUCCAAGCUCAGGCUGCCGGGCAGCCACCUCCCAACGGCGGGCAGCAGCAACGUGGGAGAGGUUAUCGCGGUAGGGGUGGUCGUGGACAGCGGGGCAGAGGGGGCCGCGGACAGCGUGGCCGCGGUUAUGCCCCACAUCAGCAUGGUUAUGGCUUUCCUCCUCCGAUGGGCUACGGCUACCCCCCUCCUGGCUAUGUUCCAGGGGGUGCACCUCAUGCGGGCAUUCUUGGGGCUCCAGGCUCAGCAGGUAUAUCUGUUCAGUCACAUGUUUAUACUUAUGCCUUAUCUGCUUCUUGUACUAACCGUGGAUAUGCAGGCUCUUCAUCUGUUGAAGGGAACUCUGUUCCUCAUCCUGUAGUUUGUCAAAUUUGUUAUGCCCCAGGUCAUCCCGCCUCUACUUGUCCGUCCCGUUUUGUUCAGCCGGCUGCACCUGCUCUCGCUGCUCAGGCUCCUGAUGCUACUGACAUUGUGUGGUAUCCUGACUCAGGUGCCUCUGCUCAUAUGACUCCUCAUCCAGUGUACUACGGAAAUACUCCCGUGACCCGUCGGCCGUUGCUUCUUUCACCGGAGCUCCGUAGCUUUCCCUUGGUUUUACCCGUGUUAGUGAUUUCCAGAACCAGGGAGGAAGCGCCUAUUCCAGUGCAAUGGAGGAAGCACCUUUACCACUCGAAGGAGAACGGAACAUAUUGGUGACGAGUGCUCUCCCUUAUGUGAAUAAUGAGCCUCAUCUGGGGAAUGUAAUCGGCUCAGUUCUCAGUGCCGACGUGUAUGCACGUUUCUGUCGUCUGAGACGCUAUAACGUCUUGUACGUUUGUUGUAAUGACGAAUACGGGACGACCACGGAACGCAAAGCAAAAGAGGAGAAGUUGACGCCCCCGGAGAUCUGCGAGAAAUACCGGAAAUUGCACAGGGAGACUUUAUGAGUGGUUCAACAUUCGUUUCGACCACUUUGGUCGAACAUCUACACCUCAACAUACUGAGGUUUGCCAAGAUGUGUUCAGCUCUCUGUAUCGCAACAAUCAUUUGAAAGAGGAUACACUUGAACAGCUGUAUUGUGAGGUCUGCCCGACGUUCUUGGCAGAUAGUCUCGUAGAAGGUCAUUGCCCGCACUGCCACAAGUCAUGUAAAAGUGAUCAAUGCGAGCAUUGUGGUAAAUUUUUGAAUGCUCGGGAGUUACUAAACCCUGUCUGCAUGAUUUGUGGGAGUUCAAGUGCAACCCUUCGCAACACAGACCAUCUUUUUCUACAGGUUGAUCCUCUAAAGGGGCGUCUGCAAGACCUAUUCAAAAAGAUGGAAAUAUCCAACCAACAAGCAGUAACUGAUACGCAAAAUAUUCUCAACAAUAAAAUGCCACCAAAGUGCAUCACUCGCGAUCUUACCUGGGGUGUUCCUAUUCCUGUGGAAAAAUUCAAAGAGAAGGUGAUGUACGUAUGGUUUGAUGCCCCAAUUGGUUAUGCUUCCAUCACCAAGUGUCUCACAUCCAAAUGGGAAUUAUGGUGGAAAAACCCUCAGAAUGUGGAGCUACACUUAUUCAUGGGGAAAGACAAUGUCCCUUUUCAUUCGGUAUAAGCAUUCUAGAUUUCACUUUGAUAAGUCCGUAUUUAGACACGCAUUUGAUGCGUGUUCGGGUCGGAUUUUGCUGGUUUUCCUGGCUUUAAGGCGUUGCAAGUCUCAAUUUUGGCUCAAGUUGUGUUUAGCAGGCGUUGGAUCGAGUUUCAUUGCAUUUGGAGUUGAUUUGAAGAAGUUAGAGUCCGGCAAUCGGCGCUUGAGAGGCAUGUGGAAAAGAUUUGAAGGCGUUCAAGAAAGAUUUGAGAGAUUUGGAGGUCACCGGGAGAUUCACGACGAAAUUCUGAUGAAGAAAGAGCAUUUGGAUCGACCUCGUAGGCAUCCGGGAGCGUUUGGAGCAAGAAAACGAAGGAAAAGUGAAGAAUAAGGUCAGACACGGUCGUGCCUGGAGUUAGGCAUGCCGUGCCUGAUGAGAAACGAACCUAGGAGCUACUGGAGGCCAGGCACGGUCGUGCCUGGCAGCUAGGCACGCCGUGCCUGGACGCGAAAUUCGGCCUCCUUCCGUAGGCACGGUCGCAGGCACGGUCGUGCCUGGCACCGUGCCUGGCCGCGAUUGAUCCUAAUUCGACCCGAAUUCGUUGUUUUCUAUAAAUAAGGCCUCCAUAACCCCGUUUUGGGGGUUACGAACUUUGGAGAGAGGCCUAGGGACGAGUUUAUCUACGUUUUUUACGUUGUUUAAUCCAAGAACCUGGGAUUCUUUGUAAGUUCAAUUCUUUAAUUAAUGACAAUUAUUUCUAUUCAUCCCAAUUCUUUUGAUUCGUC